GGGGGCGCGGGUGGGUGCUGCCGCCGCCGCGGAGCUGCUACUCGGCGCGUUUUGCAUGAAGAUGGCGGCUCCUACCGCCAGCAAGACAGCCUCCCUGGGCUGUAACAACAAGCCUUCGUUCCCGGAGCUGGAUUUCAGGUCGGGAGCUCGGGUGGAGGAAUUGAACAAACUCAUCCAAGAAUUCACGAAACAUGACCAGCGGGAAUACGACGAUCAGAGAGCGCUGGAGAUUCACACAGCCAAGGAUUUCAUCUUUUCCAUGCUGGGAAUGGUGCAAAAGCUGGACCAAAAACUUCCAGUGGCCAAUGAGUACCUGUUGCUCUCUGGAGGAGUCCGGGAAGGCGUGGUGGACCUGGACUUGGAUGAGCUUAAUGUCUAUGCUCGGGGGACCGAUUACGAUAUGGACUUUACCCUUCUGGUGCCAGCCCUUAAGCUGCAUGACCGUAAUCAGCCUGUGACACUGGACAUGCGCCACUCGGCCUUGUGCCACUCCUGGCUGAGCCUCCGACUCUUUGAUGAGGGAACGAUCAGUAAGUGGAAAGACUGCUGCACCAUCGUUGAUCACAUCAAUGGUGCUACCAACUACUUCUUCUCCCCAACCAAAGUGGCCGACUGGUUCUACGACUCUAUCAGCAUUGUCCUGUCAGAGAUACAGAAGAAACCCCAGCGAGGGAUGCCAAAGGUGGAAAAGGUAGAAAAGAACGGGACCAUCAUCUCCAUCAUUUUGGGUGUGGGCAGCAGUCGCAUGUUGUACGAUAUUGUCCCCGUGGUGUCAUUCAAAGGCUGGCCUGCAGUGGCCCAGAGCUGGCUCAUGGAGAACCACUUUUGGGAUGGGAAGAUCACCGAAGAAGAGGUCAUCAGUGGGUUUUACUUGGUGCCUGCCUGCUCCUACAAGGGUAAGAAGGACAAUGAAUGGCGGUUGUCCUUUGCCAGGAGUGAGGUGCAGUUGAAGAAGUGCAUCUCCAGCAGCCUCAUGCAGGCUUACCAGGCAUGCAAAGCCAUCAUCAUUAAACUCCUGUCUCGGCCCAAAGCUAUCAGCCCCUAUCACCUGCGGAGCAUGAUGCUCUGGGCCUGCGACAGACUUCCUGCCAACUACUUGGCUCAAGAGGACUACGCAGCCCACUUUUUGCUGGGUCUUAUCGAUGACCUGCAACACUGCCUGGUCAACAAGAUGUGCCCCAAUUAUUUCAUCCCUCAGUGCAACAUGCUGGAGCACCUGUCGGAGGAGACAGUCAUGCUCCACGCCCGGAAGCUCUCCUCUGUGCGCUCAGACCCUGCAGAGCACUUGCGCACUGCCAUCGAGCACGUCAAGGCCGCCAACCGGCUGACGCUGGAGCUCCAGAGGCGGGGCAGCACCACCAGCAUCCCUUCCCCGCAGUCGGACGGGGGGGACCCCAACCAGCCCGAUGACCGUUUGGCCAAAAAACUACAGCAGCUAGUGACUGAGAACCCGGGGAAGUCCAUCUCUGUCUUUAUUAACCCUGAUGAUGUCACGAGGCCCCAUUUCAGAAUUGAUGAUAAAUUUUUCUGAGCUUUUGGCUGACUCCCCUCCCCUCAACCCCGGUUCUAAAACUCUUCAUAAGGUGUAGUGUGGUUUGUGAUGCUGUCUUUCUGUUUUUUACAUAUCCAUAUAAUGGAUCUGUUAAGAACAAAUUUUAAGUUUCCUGGUUCUGCAGGAUGGUGCAGGCUCUGAAACAGUAUAUUACUAUUUCAUAUUCUGCCUCUGAUGUUUUUGUUGUCAUUAUUAUUGUUUACUUUUAAUGGUUAUUGUCAUUUGGUAUUUUGUUUUUUAAGGAGAACUUGAGCCAUAGAUGAAAAUGCCCAUGAAUCCUCUUGCAUUUUUCUAUUUCAUACUUUUGGCAAAUGUGUUAAUGGGGUUAGGGAAACAAUCUCUUUCUGACAUUUAAGGAUUCCAUUCUUUUUGUUAUUUGUUUUGUUUCGUUCUUUGUUUUUAGUGAGCUUUCAUUCACUUUGGAUAUUUGAGAGAAUCGUCUGAACCUGGGGACUGACUACCUGGCACGUUAGCUGGAUUUCUUUCUUUUGAUCAGUGGCCAGAGUGGUUUCCCCCUUUUCCACCAAACAAUGUAGACUUUAUGUGUGAAUAUGCUACAAAUGGUGUUUUGGAGCAACUUCACUGAAUGUAAUUGUCCUCAAAUCAGAACUUUGGGUGGUUUGGAGGGUGUGUUUGACAACUUUCCAAACAGAACUAAGGUUUCCAAAUGUUAGUUUUAGUGUGUGUAAUAAUUUGAAGCCUUAUUUAAAUCCUGUUAAAGAACAUACCAUUAUAAUUGUUAUUUGCACUAAUGAGAUCUUUGCCCUUGUCAGAGUUCCCAUGUGUGUGUCUCAAUCUAAAUUAACAUCCACUGUUAAAAUGCUGUCAUUUUUAGUUGUAGCCCAUUUCUCUCAAUCACUUAGAAUGCUUUUUUGCAUUGGUUUAGUUCUCCUUUAAUUGUAGGGUCCCGUUUUGCCCUUUUUGAUUUUCUGGUUCCUUGUCUUGGAGAAAUUUUUCAAGCUUUAUACCUGCUAAUUGACUUUGUCUAAAGCUGGAGGAAAUAUCUACUUGAUAAAAUAGGUGUCUUUGUAUUUAUUACUUUCUUGCCUCUAUAGAGGUAAGCUUUUUUUUUUUUAAUGUAAAGUCUCUUUACCUUUACUAAGAGUUUUGACAAAUACUGGCAGGAAGAAUUAUAAGCUCCAAAUUGAAGAUAUCAUGCCUGUUAGAAAGUAGGCUUUGCUCUAGAGCAGGAACCAGAAAUAUCUGUGAGUGACAACCUUGGUGUAGGGGUGUCCAGUCUUCAUGAAUGAAAUUACUUGCCAGAUUGAGGUGCUGUGAGGCAUUGGCUCCCUUAUUUGGUGUGGCCUCAUGUCAAACUGGUCUUUGAGAGGUCAGAGGCCUGUCAGUCUCUCAAGGACACCCGUGAUUUCUACUCUUGAAAAGGUCAAGCAACAUUUUGGUUUUGAUCUUGAUUGUCCAGACUCGUAGGUUGAAUUUUGGCUGAUUGAAAUCAGGCAUAUGCAGUCUUGGUUUUUGCAUGGGAAUUAAUGUAAUGCUUAAAAAUGAAAAUGAACUCAUUCAACCGUCUUAAGUCAAACACACAAAAAGUAAAAAUAAAGCAUACUGGCCUUGGAA